AUAUACUCUUUGAUUAUUGAGUUAAUUUUCGUUUUCGAAGCAAAGUCGAAAGCUUGAUAGUAUUGAAUAAAUCAAAAAACAAUAUUCAUAGUAAUAUUACUAAACUGAUUGCACACUGUAUUAUUAGCUUUCUAUAUUGAUAUAAUACCUUGAGAAUUGUUGGUCAAAAUGUCGGAGUCUGAACCACAAAACAAUGGCAACGUAGAACAAAGAACUAACGGUGAUGGCGAUGGCGAUCAAGGCGACGCAUGGGGUAGCCACGAUUCAUCUACUGCACGUCCGUAUGGAAAAAUGCCUGUUGAUCGUAAUGCACCUUAUUAUAACAUGAACCAUAAGUACCGCGGUAUGGCGAUUAUUUUCAACCAUGAACAUUUUGAUAUACACAGUUUGAAGUCACGCACUGGCACUAAUGUUGACAGUGAUAAUUUAUCUAAAGUUCUUAAGAAUCUAGGAUUCCGAGUAACCGUGCUACAUAACUUAAAAUCGGAGGAUAUUAAUCACUAUAUUCGCCAAACUGCUGAAAUGGAUCACUCAGACAAUGAUUGCUUGCUCGUUGCAGUAUUAACUCACGGUGAACUUGGCAUGUUAUAUGCUAAAGAUACACAUUACAAGCCUGAUAAUCUUUGGUAUUAUUUCACUGCAGAUAAAUGCCCAAGCCUAGCUGGCAAACCUAAACUUUUCUUUAUUCAAGCAUGCCAAGGUGAUAAGCUGGAUGGUGGCAUAACACUUACUAAUCGCACAGAGACUGAUGGGUCAUCUAGUGCUUCCUAUAGGAUUCCUAUUCAUGCUGAUUUUCUUAUAGUAUUUUCUACUGUACCAGGAUACUAUUCCUGGAGGAACACAACACGAGGUUCAUGGUUCAUGCAAGCUUUGUGUGAGGAGUUACGUUAUUCUGGCACAGAAAGAGAUAUUCUCACUUUACUUACGUUUGUAUGUCAAAAAGUGGCUCUAGAUUUUGAAUCUAAUACUCCAGAUAUGUUGACCAUGCACCAGCAGAAACAAGUGCCCUGCAUUACCAGCAUGCUUACAAGAUUAUUAAUGUUUGGAAACAAGAAGUAAAGGGGGAAAUAUAUUUCUAAACAGAUGUGUAUACAAUGUUUGUAUACAAAUUAAUAACAUAAAAAUGUGAAUUAGUAAACAUCCAUUCCCUUCCAACAAUUUAAUUAGUUGUUAUAUUUCUAUUGUUUUACCCUUAGUAAU